AUGACUCUCCCAUCUAAAAUGAAGGCCCUCGUCACGGUCGAGGGCAACAAGACCGAGUUGCACGAGGUACCCUUGCCCACCCUCGACAAGGACGAGAUCCUCGUUCGUACGCUUGCGGUCACCAUCAACCCCACCGACUGGAAGCACGUCGCCAUGAUCUCGGGACCCGGCAACCAGGUCGGCUGCGACUUUGUCGGUGUCGUCGAGGAGCUCGGCCCCGGAGUGCAAAACACCUCGCUCAGCAAAGGUGAUCGAGUGGCUGGCUUUGUCCACGGCGGCUAUAGCGCCGACCGGGGAAGCUUCGCACAGUACAUCAAGACCAACAGCGGAAUCGUCGCCACCAUCCCCGACAACGUCGACGAUCUUGUUGCUGCCUCGCUGGGCAUCGGUGGAGAGACGGCGGUCCAAGCGCUCUUCCACCGACUCGCCAUCCCUGUGCCCGACUUUUCCAAGGGUCCCGUCGAGGUCACGGAGGAUUCGCCAGAGAUCUUGAUCUGGUCCGGAAGCACCACCGUAGGUCAAUGGGCCAUUCAAAUCGCACAUCUUUCCGGCUACAAAGUCAUCACAACCGCCAGUCCCAAGAACCACGAUCUGCUCAAGCAACUCGGCGCCGACGAUCUAUACGACUACCGCGACGAGACCAUUCCGCAAAAGAUUGCUGCCAAGUAUCCCAACCUCAGCAAGGCCCUCGAUUGCAUCUCUGAGCACGGAACCCAACAGCUCUGCGUCAAAUCCCUUGGACCCAAAGGUGGUGAUGUCGUCGUCCUCCUCAAGCCAGACAAGGAGGCCAUCGAGCUGCGAAAGGGCGAGGUCAACAUCAUCCACACUCUCGUAUACACUGCUCUCGGCCACCCUUUCAACUACGGCAGAGCUACCUACGACGAGGACCGUGUCACGGCCGAUUCCAACCUCAUGAAGGAAUGGCUCAACGGCACUCAGGGUCACUUUUACACCUUGUUCAAGCAGGGUCUGCUGCGCGGGAACAGGGUCAAGGAGAUGUCCGGUGGUCUUGAAGGCAUCCCCGAGGGUUUCAAGUAUCUGCAGGAGGGCAAGGCGUCUGCUGAGAAGCUAACCUACAGAAUCGGCUGA